GUUGCGCUCCCUUCUCGUUUGCUGGUCUUGUCGUCUCCUCCAUAUCAAAUUUCACAUCGAGCUCAUUUCGAUUGCGGGUGCUUCGACUGCAUCGUGAUCAUUUUUUUCUUCUUCUCCUCCCCUGCGCCGUAGUGCCUCUUCCGCUCUUCUCGCCCACACCGAGAGCUACGGUUAGCCAACUCAUUUGCCAAUUCGAAUCGGUCUAGCCUCCUCCAUCCCAACUCCCCGAGUUCCCCAACCGACGCGGAUACCGUUGCCUCAUGUCAUCCUAAUUUCCGUUCCAUUCACCCCCAAACGGUUGGCUCGCAUUGCGCCUCCGUCUCCUGUCGCCUCCCCCUCUCUCCCCAAUUCAACUUUGCAUGCUGCGGUGUCCUGUCCCUCUUUUUCGGACGGAGGAUCCACAAGCAGCUGCAGUGCUGAGCGACCGAGGCGCGACCGGCUUACCACGCACGCCCGCCCGUAUCGGGAACCCUUUGCCUCACCAGUCACGACGACGACAACGACCACCACCAUCAGCAGUCCACCACACUACCGACACAGGACAGGGUUCCGCUCCCAGCCGCGCCCCCCUCCCGAGCCGAUAUACAAUCAGGUCCUCCCAAAAUGUCCACCGAGCCGUCCCCUCGCGCCGUGAGAUUCUCCAACGGAGACGACGAAUUGCGCCCAGACACCACCAUGCCCCAUCGUCCUGUGCCCGUCGCCGUUGACUCGGACAACUCUGCCUCGUCUGCUGAUUCACAUCCCGACGACCCGCACGCACUUGAGCGUCAGGAUGAAGUCGGUUCCCUUGUCAGAUAUCAAGAGGGUCAUAUCGCCGGCUCCAUGUCCAACAUCGUUCAGGCCGCCGUAGCCAACGGCGGCACCACUCGCAGUCUACGAAGCAACGCCAGCGACGGUGAUGCUUCCUACGCCAACGGCACUGCCGCGACCAAAAUCCAACGGCCCAGCGCCCCCGCAAGGACGCCCUCCAACACCUACGCCCCGGCCGCCCAUCGCAGGCCACAACCCGCUCCUUCAUUUGUCGAAUCCGUUCGAGCCUCGUCUAGAGGCCGCCCUCGUCCGAGUGAGAGGUUUCGUCAGCAGGAGAGGGCCUACGUCCAGAGGCUGCGUCAGGACCACAACGAUGGCUACCCUUUCGACGGCGGAUACGUAAACGGCAUAAACGGCAUAAGCCAAGGCGGUGAUUCCGAUUCCGAGGGUGAGACACCAUCGUCCGAGGGCCCGUUCGACGACAGAUACGACCAGGAGACCAUCAUGUUCUACGGCAACGACGACCUGCAACCGAGCGAUGAGGAUCUGAAAGACCCCACCAACCGUGAACGACUAGAAUGGCAUGGCAUGCUCGAGGCUGUCUUGACUGGAGAUGUUGUCAAGCAAGAAAAAAAACGGUUGAUCGGAUCCAACGAACAAGCAGUUGGGAAGAGUGGGCAAAAGGCGGAGCUGUGGCUGGGGAUUCGCUCAAAGGUCUGCGGGCGGCAUCUCCCAGUGCAGAGGCGAAUGGUAGAAGAGGCUCGCGCAACGUUGGACCGCACGCUGGACGAGAUCAUCAACUUCUCGGUCAAGGGCGAGAGCGAGGCUGGGAAGCCACCGUACGAACAGGUGAAGGAUGUGGUCAAGAAGAUCGACAAAGCCGAAAGCCUGUACCCUUCGUGGACCUCACUGGCCGCCGAGCACCAAUCGGCCAGCUCCCCGCUCUUCCAAGAAGCUUCGGAAUCCAUCAUUGCAUGGUACAACACCAAUGAACUUAUCAACACGGAGCUUGCCAUCCUCAAGAAGUGGGUCGGCAAUGAAGAGUUGGACUUCACGCGGACACGACAACGUUCACCCGUGGGCAACGGUAUUAGUGACGAAUCGUCUUUCCUUGACCGGCUGAUGAAGGAGGAUGGCUUGAGAUCACUUUACGACGAGGAGUUCGACGACGAAAAGAACAAGGAUGCUCAUAAGGGCAUGCUGCCUGGCAUCUCUACCGUCAUCAACAAGUCCAAGGAGACGCUUAUCCGCAAUUUUGCCGCUUUCCAGAAACGACAUCUCCCACCAUACAUAGAGGAGCUUCUGACCCUCAUCAGUUUCCCGUCUCGACUGAUCGAAGAGAUCAUCAAAGUAAGGCUUGCUUACGCUAAGAAGGUCAAGGAGUCUGCGCAGCAAAACCCCAUGAUGCAGGACCAGAUGAUCAGCCAGUUUCAGCUGCUCCUGAAGCUAGCCAUUCGCAUCAAGCUGGAAUGUCUUGCCGUCACACAACCAGAGCCCGGCUGGGAGCUCCCCCCUUGCAUCGACGAGUCCUUUGACCAGGUUGUGCUGGACGCUCUCAAAUACUACUUCAAGAUGCUCAACUGGAAGUUGAGCGGCAACAAGAACACCUUCAAGGAGGCCGAACUUUUGUUCGCUGAAUGGGACUUCGCCAACGAGAUAGGCAGCCACCUCCUGGGCGGAGACGUCGAGGUCGCUGAGCAGUUCAGCUCGCUCACGUUCAAGGCCAUCAACCGUCUCAGUGUCACCUUUGAGAAAGAGCUUCAAGUGAAGCCGAGAGAGAGUACUGCUGAGAUGAGCAAGAGAUACAAGCAGUGUUUGGACUCGGUCCGCGUGAGGCAAAGAAUGCUGCAACGUUUCUCCAAGAUGCUGAGCGAAAACUACGAAAACGCGUCUGACUUCAGCAUCGCAUUCGCGCCAGAGAAGCUGCAAGAGUUCUACGACAGACUCAUCGUCUCGGGCCACUUCCAAGUCUUCACAGACCUCUACGAGCAGGAAGGCAUAUUCAUUAUGGCAUCGCCCUCUUUGAUGGACAGACACGACGCAAUCCAAUCCAUUCUGGGUCUUAGCUCGCCCGAGCAGUUCGCAGAGGACCCUAGCGACCCGUAUCUUUUGAUAUUGCGGCCCGAAGGCAACCCGCACUGGUUCGGUGACGUGGUUCAGCUUUCGGUUCGCGAGCGGAGCGUCGACCUGAAGAAGGGCCACAUGAGGCUAGUCGCCGUUGGUGCUCAGGCGCGGCUCGUCGACGCCAGGAGAGCCUUCAUCGACGCCGUUGACAUGCAUGUGGACCUGGUAGUAGAACAGCGAUCAAACUUGCAUAAGGUCAACACGCGUCUGAUGGAGAUCAGGCGCGUUGCAUACAAGCUUUCCAACAACUUCAUGGACAGUGUCGAGAUCAUCCGCAAACAGACCGAAGGCAGAGAGGUCCAGGAGCUUAUCCAAACCUGCUUUGUCUUUGCGACAGAAUUCGGCCAGCGCUCGCUGCUCGUCAUGGACAGCAACCGGAAACAAAUGAACAACCUUAAGCUCACCAAGCUUGCACUGGACUGGGUCAGUUUCAUCUGCGACGACUGUAUCGCUUCGGAUCGAAAGACGUUCCGUUGGGCAGUUCUGGCUCUGGAGUUUGCCAUGGGGAUGACCAGGGGGCGACACAUCCUGGCCUUGGGCGAGGAGGAAUACGCCAGGCUUCGGGCCAAGGUAGCCGGCUGCAUGGCUCUCCUCAUCUCGCAUUUUGACAUCAUGGGGGCCAGAUCCAACCUGGCUGCGCAGGCAGAGAAGGAGCGCAUUGAGGCUUUGGUUGGUCAGUUCAAGCGUCUUGAUAAAAAUCGGAUGCUUGACGACCACGAAGCCUCCAAGUAUAUCACGGAGCAGCGCUUGGAGGAGCUCGAGAAGGUCGAUGAGAUCAGAAGGGCCAAGGAGGCAGAGAGGCAAGCGCUCGGCCACGUGCUCGAAGGAAACAACGAGGUUGACCGCUCACUGGCCUACCUCUCGUCCUCGGCUACCAACAUCACGAUGCGCUGGCAACAGGGCCAUUUUGUUGGCGGUGGUACCUUUGGCAACGUUUACGCCGCCAUGAACUUGGACUCGGGCCAUUUGAUGGCCGUCAAGGAGAUCCGGUUGCAGGAUCCAAAGUUGAUCCCCACCAUUGCCGAGCAGAUCAAGGACGAAAUGGGCGUUUUGGAGGUCCUCGACCACCCCAACGUCGUCUCCUACUACGGCAUUGAAGUCCACCGCGACAGAGUCUACAUCUUCAUGGAGUUUUGCCAGGGCGGCUCUCUGGCGAAUCUGCUGGAGCACGGCCGUAUCGAAGACGAACAAGUUAUCAUGGUUUACGCAUUGCAGUUGCUUGAGGGUCUCGCUUACCUUCACGAGAGCGGCAUUGCUCACCGCGAUAUCAAACCUGAGAAUAUUCUACUUGACCACAAUGGUAUCAUCAAGUAUGUCGACUUUGGAGCAGCCAAGGUCAUUGCCAGGCAGGGCAAGACUCUCGUCCAGGAUCUCUCCUCCACGAGACCUAAUAAGUCCAUGACGGGAACACCAAUGUACAUGUCUCCCGAAGUGAUUAAGGGCGAAAACCCUGGAAGGGCCGGCUCGGUUGACAUCUGGUCUCUGGGCUGCGUCAUUCUUGAGAUGGCUACCGGUCGCCGCCCUUGGGCCAACCUGGACAACGAGUGGGCAAUCAUGUACAACAUUGCGCAGGGCAACCCUCCCCAAAUGCCGUCAACCGAACAGCUCAGCCCCCAGGGCAUCGACUUCUUGGGGAGGUGCUUCACCAGGGACCCCAAGCAUCGUGCGUCCGCUGUUGAGCUCCUGCAGCACGAGUGGAUCAUGACGAUUCGCAGCCAGGUCGUAGAGCCGGCCACGCCUAGUGACGCGAGUUCCUCGGCUCAGUCAACACCCAGCUCCAGGAGUAACACCAACGACGGUUUCUACUAGGCACACAAACCACCGCGUGGUGUUGGCCACUACCGAUCUAUUGAUGCGCAGCUCCAGAAGCAAUUUCGAGUACCAUUGCAUAGCGUCGAUCUGCCGACAGUUCAGGUGGAAGGAACGGGCGACGCGGCAUGAAGCACAAAAGCGCCUUACACAGACGCACAACUACUCUACUUUCAGCAACACACAGUCACUUUUCAUUGUACACACACUUGCCGGGAAACCCCCAGAAACUGCAUCAGCGAAGCGUUUGGAGCCAUUUCGUCGAGGGUUUGUGUCGAUUUCUGGUUGGGCGGGGUCUAAAGGCAGAGUCAGUCGCUGCUUGGGGGAGGGGCUUUCUUUUUCACACACGACACACACACGAACAUGAACAGGAACCAUCAGGAAAGCCGGGAAACGAUGAGAAAGAAGCUGUCACGGGUACAGAUAGGAGAGAAAUGCUACAAGAAUGUAAUACAAAUAAUACCCAAAGCCUAGCUGGCCGGCUAUAUGUUUUUUCUCGUUCCGUCUGUUUGGGGGCCAUUGGUUUGCGGCACUGGUUCCCGGCAUCGCCGCCGUUAGACCACGGCCGCCUCGAUGAUGGCGAACUCGUCCUUGUCCGAGUCCAGCACCGCCAGCGCGUCCAUUGGCAACGUCACCUUGGGCGAGGUAUGGCUCACAUCGACGUUCAUCAGAAUCGGAAACCUGCGAUUCGCCAGCCGGCCGUGACAAAGCAGACUACGGAAAACUGCGGCGUACUCGGCCCUCUGCUUUUCCGUGUUGUACCCGUACGGCCGCCCGAUGACCAACCCACCGAGCUCAUCGAAGACGCCGCGCGCCGCAAGGUCCGCGACUGCCUGCUGCACCCUGCCCAACGGGUUUCCCUUGGCCUGGUCGCCCUCCCCCGUCGCGGACUCGAGGAAGAGGAUCCUGCCUCGCCAGUCGGGGGUGAUUCGCGGGAUUCCCUGGAUGCGGGAAACAACCGUGAGGCACCCGCCGAAGAGGCGGCCCUCGGCGCGACCGGGGCGGAGCCAGGUCCACGCCGGAGAGGGGAUGAGGGAGCGCGUGUUCUUUGGGGGCGGCGGCGACGGGGGCAAGAAGAAGUAGGAGGGUACGAGGGGUGCGUAGAACCUGGAGCGGGGGACAGGGCCUAGGGGUUGACCCGGGCGAGAGAUGGUCUGGAGGAGGGUAGCGAGGUGAAAGUCCUGGACGUAGGCGUCGCCCUCUUCCGGGUCCUGCGGCACCGAGGUGGAAGGGGAGAAGGAGGCGACGGAGGACAGAGUGGACGUCGCGUCUCCGCUGAGCUCCAGGAACGCACAGGGCCCGUAGAAGGUCCGGAGGCCAGUGAGGGCGCGCAGGCACCAGUGCAGGACGGUGAUGUCGGAGUAGCCCACGACGAUCUUUGGGUUCUCGCGGACCAGGGCGUGAAGCGACGAGUCCUCGACGAUGUAGGGGAUGAGCUCGGUCAUCGUGGAGCCGCCGAGGGUGCAGAGGAUCAUGUCGACGGUGGGGUCGGCGAAGGCGGCGCGGAGCUCGGCGAGGCGGUUGUGGAUGGAGGCGUUGACGGGGUCGACCCCAUCCUCGGCGACGGCGGUGGCGGAGGAGGACUCCCCCGCAUUAGAGAAGAUUGUGGUGACGGUGUAGCCCAGAGACCGCAGAAGGGUUUCGGCGCGUUUUGCUGGGGCGGGGAUUAUGUGUUUUAUGCGGCCCGAAGGGGAGAGGAGGGCAAUUUUCCCCCCAGACGGGAGGGCUUUUGGGAAGAGUGGAGGUGGGAAGGAAGACAUGUUCAGGUAAACGUUUUUACCACUGAUACUGAUACUAUCGUCUGGCCUGCGUGGGGGGGGGCGGGGCUUGUCGUUGUUUUUUCCUCUUGCCUCUUAUCCUUUGCGAUAAAGAGAUGCAACCGGACCUCAGCAGGAGCACGGGCGGCCCGUGAUGGAGGUAUAUAUCGGUUUCGCGGCGGUGGAGUGAGCAUCGACGUCCUGGCGCAGUCGUCGUCCGGCGACUAGGGAAACUCACAAGAGCAUCUCCACGAUCAUGUAAGCCAGGCCUGCUUACCAAAGCCGUCUGACAAAGAACUCCCAGGGUCCAAGAGGGGCGAUGACUCUUUCGGCGUGCUAUGUCGCGCGAAGGGCGUUGGCUGUAUGAGGUAGGUAGCUAGGUCGGCAGGCGGGCAGGCGUCAGAUCGAAGCGAUGUUUAAUGCGACGUCUGAAAUCACGCCAGCGAAUCCCGGCCCCGAUGGACGCGGGGUGACUC